UUUUCCUGUCUCUAGUACAUUACCUCGUUUGUAUCUACCGACACCGGCUGUAUAACUGUGUCCGGUAAAAGGAAAUCACAAGCCUGUAGCUUUGCUGAAACAUGAUGCCGUCGCGGAUAAGCCCUGUUGUUAUGUGGAGUGGGUUUAUUUAAAAAUAUAGCUAUUCCGAUCAUCGUCCAUCUCAGAACGAUCAGAGAAAUUUGAGUUUAGGUAUUGUGAUUGGACACACAGGGGAGAAAUUGGGUGACAAGAGCGCUGCAGAAACGCAGUAGGGGUACAUUGUAUCAAGUAACCUAUAGUUGUUGCUGAUAACGCGAUAUGUUUUAGCGGAACGUUAAGGAAACGUCUUGCAUUCGAGGUCUCACACCCAGCUGUGUAUGCAGUUGUCAAGGACGUUUGUGGUGAUUCCUGUGCAGUGAUUGUCCCACGGCGUCUCUCUGAGUACCCGUAUUUACUCUGGGCACCGUUGGCCUGUCAGAGAGACCCUGAGCUCAGGGACCACACUGCUCUAGGACCCCAUGGCUCUGGGCUGUCCAUCUUCCAAGGGCUCAUGGUCCUGGCUGGCUGAGCUGCUGCUGCUGGGGCCCCUGCUGGUCCUGCUGGUGUCUGGGCUUGGUACGUCGCUAGGCCAGAAUGUCUACACCAACACAUGGGCCGUCCACAUCGCUGGAGGACCGGAUGAGGCCAACCGCAUAGCUAGUAAACAUGGCUUUGUCAACCAUGGCAAUGUAUUUGGUGAUAUCUAUCACUUCCGGCACCAUUCUGUAGAGAAGAGGUCUUUGUCAGGUCACAGAGGGACACACGUCCGUCUACAGACGGAGCCUCAGGUGAAGUGGGCAGAACAGCAGCAGGUGAAGAGCAGGAAGAAGAGGGACAUCUACACAGAGCCCUCAGACCCCAAGUUCACCCAGCAGUGGUACCUGUACAAUGCUAAUCAUCGGGACCUGAAUGCUAAAGGUGCUUGGGAGAUGGGAUUCACUGGGAAGGGAGUUGUGGUGUCCAUCCUGGAUGAUGGUAUUGAGAAGAACCACCCAGACCUGAUAGCCAACUAUGACCCAGACGCCAGCUACGACGUGAAUGACGGAGAUCCAGACCCUCAGCCACGAUACACCCAACUCAACGACAACCGGCACGGUACCCGUUGUGCGGGCGAGGUGGCAGCGAUGGCCAACAAUGGGAUCUGUGGGGUUGGGGUCGCCUACGACGCCAAGAUUGGAGGAGUUCGAAUGCUGGACGGGGAGGUGACGGACGUUGUCGAGGCCCAGUCUCUCAGUCUGAAUCCGCAGCACAUCCACAUCUACAGUGCAAGUUGGGGCCCAGAGGAUGAUGGGAAGACCGUCGACGGCCCCGCCAAGCUUGCCAAGGAGGCCUUUCUGCGUGGCGUGACCGAGGGUCGCGGCGGCCUGGGCUCCAUCUUUGUUUGGGCGUCUGGGAACGGCGGACGCGAGAAGGACAGUUGUAACUGCGACGGCUACACCAACAGCAUUUACACCCUGUCCAUCAGCAGCUCCACCCAGAACGGCAACGUCCCCUGGUACAGCGAGGCCUGCUCCUCCACCCUCGCCACCACCUACAGCUCCGGCAACCUCAACGAGAAGCAGAUCGUGACCACGGACCUCAGGCAGAAGUGUACCGACACCCACACAGGGACGUCAGCCUCAGCCCCCCUGGCUGCUGGUAUCAUUGCCCUGGCACUGGAGGCGAAUAAAAACCUGACCUGGAGGGACAUGCAACACUUGGUGGUGAGGACAUCACAUCCCGCUCACCUACUCACCAACGACUGGCGGACCAAUGGGGUCGGUCGAAAAGUGAGCCACUCAUAUGGGUACGGCCUGCUUGAUGCCAGUGCUAUUGUGGCCCUGGCUAAGAACUGGACUAACGUCGGGCCCCAGAAGAAAUGUGUGCUUUCCAUGGCGGCCGAACCCAGGAACAUUGGGAGCCACUUGGUGAUCACCAAGACAGUGGACGGCUGUGCGGGAACGGACAACAAUGUGAGCUCCCUGGAACAUGCCCAGGCCCAGCUCACCCUCUCAUACAACCGCAGAGGGAACCUGGCCAUCUACCUGACCAGUCCCAUGGGAACCCGCUCCACCCUGCUCGCCCCCAGGCCUCAUGACUACUCCUCUGAGGGCUUUAACGACUGGGCCUUCAUGACCACCCACUCCUGGGACGAGGACCCGCGGGGAGACUGGACUUUGGAGAUUGAGAAUGUGGCCGGGGCCAGUGACUAUGGCACCCUGACCCAGUUCACCCUGGUCCUAUAUGGUACCGGCUCAGACUCCUCCAGCCCCACAGCCAAGGACGCCUCUCAGGCCAGUAACAGUAGAUGCAAGACCUUCGAUCUGCAGCAGAUCUGCAUCGAGUGCAACAGUGGUUACUACCUCUUUGAGCAGGGCUGUGUGAGGGACUGUCCAGCAGGCUACGCCGCGGGCUCCCAACCGCUCAACUACACCAUGGGGAACUUCGUGGAGCCAGCCUCUGUUCCCUCCUGCCUGUCCUGCUCCCUUCCAUGCCUUACCUGCAGCAGCGUCAGCCCCCAUGCCUGCCUCUCCUGCCCACCUCACAGCCACCUGGACUACGUGUCCGGCACCUGCCUCCACCUCAACCAGAUCCAGAGAGAGUCUCCCGGCAUGGACAUGGUGCGUCAGGGCGUGGCCCGUCCCCACCCGGAGCUUAGCUCCCAGCUGCCCAUCACCAUCGCGGUGCUGAGCUGCGUGGCCAUCAUGGCCACCUUCGCCGGGGUGUUUGUUCUGCUCCAGCUGAGGUCCGGAGCCCUGGUCAAACUGCCGUCACUGGAGGAGGCUAGCUCAGGUCUGAGGGGGGGCCUUGGCCUGGGGGGCAACAGAGUGGUGUCGUACCGCGGUAUCCCCACGGUGUGGGGCGACGACGGGAUUAACUCUGACACCGACAAUGACGAGUUUGAUGUCCACAACGAGCGGACUGCCUUCAUCAAAACACAAAGUGCCCUUUAACCCCCCCAUACUGCUGCUGUCUACCUCCUCUGCCCCAAUCAUUUUUUUUAAUUCUGGGCCGUCUGUCCUCUUCACACGGUCCUCUUUUUGCUUCUCUUCCCUGGUUCCGCUCCCUCUUUCUUCCUCCCAUUGGGUUUCAUCGCUCUGAUUUUGGUCUUCCGAUCUCCAGUGAAUGACCGGAUGGAAGAGAUGGCCUCGGUGGCUCUGCGCUCGCUUGACACUUGGGUGCUUUUCUAUUAAAAUGGCUGUCUGUGCCCUCUCGCCCUUAAUCACCAACAGACAGAGUGUCUGAGCACAGCCCGUUUCCCGUAUGGCUCCAGGGAUUCCCUGUGUCAAAAUAAACAAACCAUUAUUGUUUGCUCUCUCCCCCCUUUUCCCCGAUCUUUGGUUCCACUGCAGUAACCGGAUUAGUUUGUAAAUUGGGGGUACACAGCUGUGUGUGUGUGUGUUUUGGGUGGACAGCAAGAUCAGGGUAGGGUCAGGUUUCACAAUCCCCAUAGCGCCAGUGUUUUGAAGAAUCAGCCCCAGGCCCCUCCCGAAGCUGCCCAGUGUGAGCCGUGCUGCAGUGUGAGCUCGUAUCUCUCAGCACUAGCUUGAUACACGGCUGUGAGUCAUGAGAUUAGCAAUGCUUACCCUCCCUCAGCUAGGAAUUCAGGAGGCGUUCUGCUUUUUUCAAGUGGAUCGCAAAGGCGGGACUCAUGCGAUUCCGAGGGUUAUAUAUAGUCUCCUGACUUCCACUCCUCUCUGCUGCCCACUGCGGGGGAUAGAGAGGGUAUUGGGUUUGGACCGAGCUCACACCUGCUACCUGAUCACCAAAAAUAGGUCUGCGUUUUCACCUAGCUGCGCAUCCACACUUUACUGGGCUUUAGAGUUCAUACCACAUAAUAAUGCCUUUAAGAUUUAAAUUCCACUCCAGGCUUGUAAUUGCUCUGCUACUGAGUGUAUGACUGGAGGGGGGCUCACAGUGGUCUAAGGCUCCUACAGGGUUCUCUGAGCAGCUAUAGGGACAACUCAAGAAGCAAGCAGAAUAACAGCCUGGCUGUGAUUACAGGCUCGGGCUCCCCACUUGGCUAAUCUUGCCUUUCUGUAACUCACAAACACUUAACAUCUUGUUGGUUUAAUACUUUGCUGAAAAGAGCGAAGAGGUGGAGAGUGUUUCCAUCACAGGUUUGAGCAGGUGUCAGUUUUAAUAGCAGGACAUACUAGUGGCUGUGGGCUGAGAUACGAUACCUUGCUCGGCUGUGAAAUUUUUGUUUUCCUUUCAGCGGAUCUUAAAGACCUGCAUAUGUUUGUUAAAGAACUGAGGUUGGCUUUUAAGCCACCUCUUUUUGAUAUCAGGCCUGCACCGAAACAUAUCACAGCUUUUCUCCAAUUGCCCUCCAGUUGUCAUCAUCAUCAUCAUCAGGGAUGUCGAUGGUCUGUUAAUCUGUUUCAUAUACUUGCCAAUAAUGAAACAUUUCAGCUCAGAUGUAUUCCAAGGGAAUUUCUGUCUACUUAUAUCUUUAUUGAAAAACUUUUAAGUAAUAAUUUUUUUGGGCAGCAUAUCUUCCUUUUGCAAUCUGUACCUCACAAAGCAAUCCAUUGGACAGAUAUUGGAUCCAUCCAUCUUUUUGUUCUUUCAUGAUUAUUUUCAAGUUAUUUUCUAUUUCCAGAACAUACCAGGAGGCUUUGCUGAUAGGAGUUGUCAUAGUGAUGACAUGCAUUUUAGAAUUCUGCAGCCACUCAUCCCGUCCUCACAGCCGUGGCAGUAGAGUAUACUAUAUGUUCUAUAGUUAAUGAUGAAUGAUCAUACAGAUUGGAAGUGAAAACUCCUUGGAUAGGGAUAUUUCUUUUUAAAGCAUGGGAGUUUUCCCUUUCAUACAUUUUGCUCCUACUGUAAUAAUAAGACUACAUCUACAUUUAAGUCUUCAUCUACAGUACCAGGGCUAUAGGGCUCUCUUUCUCCUCCCCUAUUCUGCCUUGGCACAGCUUAAAGGUAAUUUGAUAUAUCCUAAUUUAUGCCCUCUGAAUAUAUUGCUUUUAGGAUUGUUUUUAAGGGGGUUGUCCCUGUGCUUUAAAUCUUUUGUAAUUAAAAAUCUUACUGAGAAAGAUGUAGUCUCCAAUACACAUACUGGGGGGUUGCUUGCCUUGGCCAACUAUGAAUUAGGAUGGUUUCACUAUUACAGAGAUGGAAGAGUGUUUUGUUUGGCCGUGGCUGAUGUAAAGUACAGCAAUUCCUGCUGUUAGUGAUGAUAAUGUGUUGUCUUAAAGUGAGGGAAUUACGGUUGAGCCACAGCAGAUGCAAUCAUUUCAAUCUGCCAACGUACUUCCCUCACAUUAUUGCCUUUAAUAUGGUCACUCCUGGAUGUGAAUAUAUCUCUGGCAUUAUGUCUAAGUAAACAGACAUCUACUGGAAAGGAGGUUGCUCCCCCUGCAGGGCAGCCUCAGUAUGACAGCUGAUUGCAGCAGAGUUUCUGGUAUUACCAAAGACAGCAAUUUAGAGUUGCAUUCAAUAAGAGUUCUCCUAGAGAUUGCAGAGUCUGGGUUGGGGAGGCGAUGUGAUCUGAGAUUUUUCUGGGUGCAUCUUUAUAAAUCAAAUUAAAAUGUCUUUUUUGAGCUCUUUCUGUUAUUCCUGCCUUUUAAUGUAGAGACCUCUCCAUCUUCACCCCUGCUUAGAAAGUUGUGAAGCUGAGACAAUCUUUGCUUAGACACAGGUUGGAUGAGGAGGGAGCAGAUUGAGAAUGUAACCCAUCCCCAUACAGUAAAGGGCUGAGUGUGUGUGCGUGUGUGUGUGUGUGCGUGCGCGUGUGUUGCGUAUGUGCUGUGUGUGUUAAAAAGAAACACUUGUGGGUGUAACUGAGCUGUGGACACAGCCCAUGAAACUCUGUCCACCUUUCCACACCUGCCCUUAUGAGGUCAUUGGCCUGAGGCUACAUACACCACCUAACAGAAACAGUGACCUACUGUACAGAAAUAAUGGAACAGAAUGACUACGUUAAAUGGGGGAUAAACUCUAAAAUAAGGCCUAUUUUUGUACUCUAUAUGUGGUGCAGUGUAAUUUUCUUUAAUUUAAAGAUUUUUUUUGCUCUUUUGUUAAUUUUUUCCUUUAUUUAAUAAAUGUCAAUAUGCUGAUUAUAGAUUCUACGAAAAAUAAAGAUCUAUGCAAACUUUA